AAAUCUUCAUCUUCGCUCUCUAUUUUCCAUUGUUAUGCAAAGUGAAUUGAUUCCACACUUACCAUUCCCCUGUACUGGUGAUAUGAUUCUUCUUCUUCGUUUGUAAACAAAAACAAAUGGAUCGCCUUAGAGCAAAAUAUAAUUUUAUUUCUACAAUCAAGAACGAUUCUGUGCAAAAAUGAGUAGUUGCGACAAUGUAGAAAUUCAAGUUAAGAAUGAAGCCAUUCACGACGAUCCCGAUGACGACGAUAGCAAUGUGCAGUAUGAAGAAUAUAUAUUUUCACCCUACAAUGUUUAUGAACAAGAGGAGGAAAAACAUAUUCCGCUAGACGAAACUGUCAGCAACGACGAGGAAACCCCAAAAACAUCUGCAUCUCAUAAUGAUGAAGCUCGAAAAUAUUCUCACUACAAGGAAGUCAUUAUUAAACAUAUGAUGACCUAUGGGUGGUCAUCCCAAAGUUAUGAGAGAUUAAUGAAAAAAGUGAGAAGAGCCCCGGAACAUAUACUGAAGCAUACUUUAGAUUAUGUGCAGACCCGAAUAAAAGAAGCUCAGGAAAAUGUCUAUCAAGAAUGCGACUCCCUUUGCUUUACAAACAUAUCAGAAUGGUUAGAGGUUUUUAGGAAAAUGGAUGUUCCGAAACAUAGUUAUUAUGAACCGGCUAUUAUAUUAAGUACAAUAAUCAAUAACGAAACACUUCCUAAAGCUGAAAAUUUACAAGGAGUGGAUUUGAAAGCAAUCUAUUCUUUUAUUUGCAAUGGUUUAUUUGGUCUGCCACAACCAAAUUUGGACCCAGUCACAGCAAAAUUUCUGGCCAAUGAGUUUGAGGCUUUAAUUGAAGAAGUCAAUACAGAAGAUGCUGAUCACCAUACAAUUUUAAUGAAACAAAAACUCCAGCAAUCAUUACCGUUUAGAAUGAAUUGUACACCUCCAAGCUUAGAUCCAUUAUGGCUUACAGAAAAUACCGUAGUUAAUGAUUAUAUAUUACCCAAAACAACAGGGAAACGGAAGCCUCAACGUAGAAGUUCAACAACGCAACAAGCUAAAACAAAGUAUAAAAAGAAAACAAAAAUUAAAAAGGAGGAAAAGGUUGCAACUAUGAUCACAGAUGCAAAAUGUAAACCUGAUCCAGAUGCGAAUUAUAAUGCUUACAAUGACGAUGGAUCUUUAGUCAUGCCGAACUCAAAUUUGCAGAUAAAAAAUGAGCUAAAUGAAAUAUAGAUAUUUAUUUAACAGAAA